AUGGCAGAUGACGUUUAUAAAUUUUUAAAAGACUUCCCUUUUUGUGAAGAUACGAUUCAACAGUUUAAAAAUUAUCCUCUGAGACGCAGCAGUUAUGUUUGCUAUGCAAUUGCCAACAAAUUUGCAUCUAAUGUGAAUACUAAUAUUAUUCUAAGGGUGUGUCCUCAAAUUCUUGAAUAUUUAUAUGAUUUGAAUAUUAUGAGUAAAAAUAACAUAUAUAGAGAAGCAGGAUGUAGAUUCAUUCAUUAUUGGUUAUAUUAUUAUCUUAAAAAACACAAUUAUAGUAAAUAUACAGUACAGAUUUACGAAAUAAUAAUGUUGUAUUAUGCCUCUACUAUGAAUAGAACUACAUUUUGUACUGAUUAUGUGAAUAAAUUAACAGAUGAACAAUUAGAAUACCUGAACUAUAUAUACAAUUUCUAUAAAUGCAUUAAAAAUAUAAGCAAAUAUAAUAUUUCCGAGAACUAUACAAAAUAUUGCGGUGCUCUGAAAAAUAUUAUAGAAGAAAAUCAAACACCAGUAUUGAAAGAAGUUUGUGAUACGACUCAACCGCAAAAAUCAACACUUGAAGAAAGUAAUAUACAAGAAAUAGCAUGCUCUUGUAGAUCUAAUAUUGUAGCUACUAUUUUAGCUACAAUUAUUGUAAUGUUAAUAAUGUUGUUUUUUUUGUUAUUUUUCUUUAAGUAUACUCCAUAUGGUCCAUUAUUAAGCCGUAGAAUAAAAAGGAUAAGAAAAAUGUUGGAUAAAAACACUAAUCCAAGGAAUAUAUCCCAACGAACCGAAGUACCCAUAAAUAUACUCAAUAGUGGGAUAUAUGAUAUGCUAUACAAUUAA